UCUGCUAUAGGAAGAGGAAAGAGAAGCCAGUAGUAUUUCCUUUUGAUCAUUGACUUCUUCACAGAGUCAGGAGUCAUUGUGGCCUUCUGAACUGAACACAGACCCGUGGGGUCACAUUACGAGCUGGUUUCAUUCUGUUCCGUAGCUUAAUCUGGCCAGGAUGGUCUGUGUUUCAGAUUGCGGAAACAUGAGAAGAUACUGUAACUGAGAGUCAUUCUUCAAGCUGCUGGAAAAUAUUGCAGAAGGAACACCUUCCAAAUUUUGCUUCGAGCUCUGAAAAAAAAAGGAGCACACAGGGGAGCCUGGUCCUGCUUGUGGAUGGAAGCAAACCCUGUGGGAGCGAUGAACCGGGACUUGGCGUGCGGACGCCUGGCCUGAUCCCUGUAGGACUGAGUCUAUGUUGUUGGAACUGGCAGGCCGAGCGGCCCUGAGGCCAGCAGGUGCCAUCUGUAUGGAGAAGAGUGGCUGUAGUCCGUUUCCAAUGUGUUGGGCUAAAGAAUAUGACAGAUACCUAGCAUCUAGCAAAAUAAUGGCAGCUGCUUACCUUGAUCCAAACUUGAAUCACACACCAAAUUCCAGUACCAAGACCCACCUGGGUACUGGGGUGGAACGUUCCCCUGGGGCGAUGGAGCGUGUGUUAAAGGUCUUUCAUUAUUUUGAAAGCAACAGUGAGCCAGCUACUUGGGCCAGUAUUAUCAGGCAUGGAGACGCUACUGACGUCAGGGGCAUCAUUCAGAAGAUAGUGGACAGUCACAAAGUAAAGCACGUGGCCUGCUAUGGACUCCGCCUCAGUCACCUGCGGUCAGAGGAGGUUCACUGGCUCCACUUGGAUAUGGGUGUCUCCAGUGUGAGGGAGAAGCAUGAACUUGCUCACCCACCAGAGGAGUGGAAUACUGAAAGCAUCCUGUGUCCUGUGUGAUGCUGCUGUGUGAUUCUGGAACAGCCUUGGAACUGAUUCUUAAUCUUGCUGAACAUCAUUUUCCUCAUCUUCUAAAUGC